CUGAGUGUGAAAUGAACAGGAGCUAGGGAUGGUGAGGAGGUCCUGGCACCUUCCCUUGGUGGGAGCUCCCCAUGGCCUGGAUCCCGGGACAGAGACAUCUUUGUCAUCCUUCUGUCCUUCCUAGGAAGAAAAUCCCCAGGGAGUAAUGACCUCAUCCUGUCAAACCGGGAAGAGCUGGCUCUCAGUGAUGCUUAGAUGGAAAACCACACACUCCUCACGGAGGGCAUUGUGCAGCUCCCUUUCCAGCCCCACUUGGUGCGGGAGAGCGAGGAAGAGGGCCAGAGCCUGACCAACGUUGAGCAUCUGCCACCCAGCACUGCGACAUCUAGAGCUAUUCCAGGAUGGAGAGGCUCAGGCAGAUUCUGGGGAAGAAGCUGUGGAGGUGGCUCCAGAGCCAGUGGGAAGCAGCUGCUGGCUUCCCCAGGAGGAGAGCCGCCCCUCUGUCCCCGCUGGUGAGGAAGCAGCUUGUGGCCAGGCCAAGCAGUGCAAGUACCUGGCGUUCUGGAGGAGGAAGACACCUUCUGGGCCAACAUGGAGGAGGCCCAGGGUGCAGCUGUGCAGGACGGACACAGGGCAGAGCGGGAGCCAGGCAAGGUGGCUCGGGGGCUUCCUCUCCAGGAAGCAGAGGAGCCAGGAGAGCAGUUCCAGGGCCCGGGAGGAGCCAGCUCUCUGCCUGGCCCCCAGCCUGUCCAGGGCAGGAGAUUGGCCACUGCUGCUCUAGCACCAGCAGCUCUGCCUAUUCCCAAGGGGCCAGCAAGACAAUCCUAGUCCUGCUCCAGGGCAUGUCACUUUGGCCUCCUAAAUUUGGGCUGGUGCCCCUGUGCCCCUGAAGGAAACAGCCCUGAGACCCCACAGGAUCAAUGGGGAGAAUCCUCAAAGCGCUGAGCCCAAGACCCUCAGACCUGUCCCAACACCCCCCAGACAGGAGAGGAGCGCUGAGUUCCAGUGUCUGAAAGCGGAGGAGAAGAGGUUAAAUGCUCCAUGUCCUCUCCCUGCUGGAGCAGGAAGCAGGUUCUGGGGGUCGCCCCAGCAUUUCUGCAGCUCACACGGCUUUCUCCCUGCUCCCCAGCACUUGCAGCUGUGGAUCUGCUCUCCCUGGGCCCAGGAGAGGAGCCGAGCUGUGAGAGCCAGCACCCGGCUCUUCAUGUUCUAUCGACUCAAAGCCAUCACCGAGGACCGGAAACCCAUGGCAAAGCAGGGCUACAUGGCCGGGCUGCUGACAAGCCAGGCCUUGGAUGUUCAAGAGGCCACCAGAUACUGGGCAUCUCAGGCUCUCUACUGGCUCUUCAUGCCUUGCAAAGUCACCGUGCACACCAAGACAGGGGCGGUGGCGACCAUGCUGAGCAAGACGCAGAAGGAUGUCAGCUGCAGAGAGAGCCCUGCCCGUGUUGCUAUGUUCAUCGCAAAGAAACCUGCCGUCGCGUGACCUCACGCCCUUCAGCUUCACCCUGCUGCUGGGCCUGCUGGAGAAGGGGGAGUGUGCUGACCAGCUGGCGGGCGUCACGGAGGCGGUGCUGAGAGAGAAAGAAUCAGAGGUGCAGGAUCUGCACACAGCUCUUUCCUCCACACUGAGCCCACCCCGGUCGGGGGGACGGCUGAGUGACGGGACGAGAGACCAGACAGCACACCAAGGCCACGGUCAGCAUCCUCCUGCAGAUGCCCUGGCCUUACAACCGGAGAAGGCAGCAACGGAAGGAGGGGGCCCCCACCAGCUGGGAGAACCAGGCCAAGGCCAUCUGGAGAUUCCUAGGUGCAGACCCCACACUGACCAGGGAGGUACUGCACAUCCUGCUGUGUGACAGCCCGGAGAAGGGCCAGGCUAACGCUAGACAGAGCCAGGACAGGAGCUGCCCCCAGCCAGCCCGGCUGCUCCCGGCGGGCCAUGGUGAUCCACCCAAAGCCACGGGAUCCCUGAAGAGCAUCCCGUGGCUCCUCCUUCCCAGCCUCCAGGCCAGCCAGGAGGGCGAACGCAUGGCCUGCACUGUCCUGUUGGCAGAGUUCCUCGGCAGCCCCCUGCUGAUGGGGAAUGAGCCCAAGGCCAUGUGGAAGCAGGUUGUGAAGUCCAUGCUGCAGCGGACAGAGGACAGCAACAUCCACAUUCGAGGCAGAGCGCUGCACGGCCUCAGGAACGCAGUAACCGAGUUCCCGGACAAGGUCAGGAAGAAACGAGACCAGAUCCUGGGGAGCUUUGUCCGCGCCGUGUGUGAAAGCUGCGACCCCCAUGCCGUUCUGGAUGCCAUGGAAGGGCUCUGCUGGAUGCUGUGGGACCCCAAGGCGUCUCUGAAGGCGCACGUCGCCAUCCCGCUGGCCCUGCAGGCGAGAACAUUCUUUGAGGAUGAGAACAGCGGCCUGAGGCGGGCCUCCAUGGAGCUCUUUGGCCACCUCAGCAAAUUUGUUUGCAAGAAGUCGUCCCUCUUUAGGGCUGAAGUGGAGGAGAGCAUGGGGACGCUGCUCAUCCACCUACAGGACGGGGACCCCCAGGUGGCUCAGCAGGCGUGCAGGGUGGCAUUGCUGCGCUGUGCACCCUUCCUCAGCUUCCAGCUCCUGCGCGCGCUCGUGCAGAGCCAGCUGGUCGAGGGGGCGGCUCCCGUCAUCCCCGCCUUCCUGAGUGAAGCCUGCAGCACCCUGCUCCAGGACUGCCCGAAGAGGCUGAGCAAGAAGGCUGCCCUGAGAGCAGCCGCUGCCCAGCAGCUGAUAGGAUACAUGAUGGACAAUUGAAGCCAGAGAAGAGCAGGAGGCUUGGGACGCCCGCCCUGCUCCCCAAGGGUCUUCAACCAUUCGCGGAGAAAGUUCUACAUGAGGGACAGUUUUGAGGAGGAGGAGGGAAUGACCAAGGGGAGCCCUUUGGCCCAGUCAUAAAUGGAUACCCCAGAACCCAAACCUGAAACCCAACUGCUUGUGAGACACCCCGAUGAGCAUGGUGGCCUCUUGUCGUCCACCCCCUGGAGGAGGAAGGCAAACGCAGCUCAGGGGAGUCACCAGCAGACAAGCUCGACGAUGCCUUUAUAGAGCCCCCGGAGGCCCUGGACAGCGUUGCAUCAAGCAUCGAAGAUGAACCAGGCCCACCUUGUUGUUGCUCAACGCCAGUACAAAUUGUUGAAGAGGAUGAUGGCUAUGAGGAGUUUAGGAGGAGGCUUGGCAUGGAACUAACUGACCAAUGCCCCGUCGUGAGCGUAAAAAAGUCAUGCGGACUAUUGUAGGCGUUGCUGUUUCUGCUGUCCUUAAACACUGCCUUAGGGAAAAGCUUUUUGAAGAUUGUGAGAGCUGUGUCAUAGAUGCACCAGCCCAACGGCACCAUGACUGUGUGAAUUGGACUUCAGUGGAUAUAAACUGCAAGCUCCAGGGCCUGUGUGCUGAGUACAGUCAAAAUGUGAGAGAUCCUUAGACCAGAGGGUAAAGAAGCUCAAAAGAAAAAGGAAAGAG